CCAAUCAGAGACGAGAAAGGCGGGACCUUCCUGAUGACGCUGCCGGGCCGGCUAGCUGAGAGCUCCGGGAGGAGAAGCAGGUGUCCGUGGGAAGAGCCGGGCGGACAGACCCAGCUAAUGAGGUCCAGUGAAAGUCCCAUAAUGCCUGUGAAGAAGAGGAAACUGGCGGGUUCAGAUGAAUAUGAGCACAAGUGUAAAAUCACAAGUUUUACUCGACCUCAGAUCUGCAGCGUGAAGCCAAACGGCUCUGAUAAGCACUUCUCCAGUAAGAAGUGUCUGGCCUGGUUCCACAAGUACGCCGGAGUGGACAAGGUGGUUGGUCCAGAGGCCAUGGAGACGUUCUGUGAAGACAUUGGUCUGGAACCAGAGAACAUCCUGAUGUUGGUUUUAGCGUGGCAUCUAGAAGCAGCCAACAUGGGCUUCUUCACAAAAGACGAGUGGCUCAGGGGCAUGACGCUGCUACAGUGUGAUGGCACCGAGAGGUUGCAGAGCAAACUAGAUUACCUACAGAGUGAGCUCAGUGAUUCUGUAGUCUUCAAAAACAUCUUCAGAUACGCCUUUGACUUCGCCAGGGAUAAGAACCAGAGGAGUCUGGACAUGGACACCGCUACAUCCAUGCUGGCUCUGCUGCUGGGGAGGACAUGGUCCCUCUUUCCUGUCUUCCAGCAGUUCCUGGAGCAGUGUAAGUACAAGGGCCUGAACAAGGACCAGUGGUAUAACGUCCUGGAGUUCAGCAGGACCAUCAGCCCCGACCUCAGUAACUAUGAUGAAGAUGGAGCCUGGCCGGUGCUGCUGGACGAGUUUGUGGAAUGGCACAGAAGCAAACUGAGCUCUUCCUAGACCACGUGGGACUGGAGGACAAAAGGAAAACUACAAAGUAAAACUUCUCAUAGAAGAAUGGAGACUGUAGUUUGGUCUGGUCAGCACCAACAUGGAUGACGCGUGCUGCUGACUCAUCACUAUGGACCCGCCUACUCUAGCAGCCAGCUGUUAGUGGAUCAUGGGGAUAGCGUAGAGAUGGAGAAGUUCAGUAACCAAACAAAAGGAACUGGAAAAGUUGUGGAAUUUGUUUAUUUGUCCUUUUUUCCUGAUUUGUGUUCAGAUGGAUGCCAUCAUUAAAGGAGGGGGGGGGGGGGGGGGGGGGCAAUGAGCUGCUGCUAAAUAAACGGUGCAAACC